UGGAGGACAUACCUUCCGAGGCCUUUUGAAAAUGAUUUUGGACCAUUUCAGAGAAAACAAAAAACUACUGCAUGUCAAAAAUGAAAAUGGGGAAACACCUCUACAUCUCUGCACAACAUGGACUGCUGUUGAACUUUUGCUGGAUGCUGGAGCGAACCCAAACGAUGUGGAUUCAUCUGGACGUUCAACUCUUCUUGUUGCAGCUGCAAACAUGAAGCCUCUUCUAAAUCCUGGAUAUUUUUACCCAGAUGUCUUAGAACAACCAAAAGAUUUUUGGAAAACGGUCUUUCUUGAUAAAGGUCUUGAUCCGUGGACUGUUGACAAACAUGGUGAAUCUGUGAUGAGUAUUUUGAUUGCAGCAGAAUCCUUCGACCUUGCAAAAGGCAUGAUUGAAUUUGUGUGUGAAGACAACAAUCACCUUGAUUCUGGUUAUGAUAUCAUCUUUUCUCUUCUUUGUGUCGUAUGCAAAGACAAAUCAACAAGUGCUCAAGAGAAAAUUAACCUUGUUCAAAUCAUCUUACAAUCAAGAAAGUGUUUGGUGUUAGGAAGGAAUGGAGAAGAUUCACCACUCCAUUUCUGCUGCAGAAAUAUCGUCAGGAAUGCACAUGAUGUCGAUGAUGUCCACUGGGCGAUUGCUGAAAAUCUUCUCCUAUACGAAGCUGACUAUAGCAUUCCCGAUUCCAGUGGUCAGUCCUGUUUGGACAUAGCAGAAGGAUGCCCUCAACUUAAACAACUAUUCCUGAAGCCGAUAGAUAUUGAUAAAAUUCCCUUACUGAUUAAAUCAUGGAAAUCGAUUUCAAAGAUGMAAAAAGACAAACUGGCCAAAGUAGCAAGAGGAAGGCAAAGCACGUAUAUAAAACCGUACUGGUACCACAAAGACUAUUUGGCAAGCGGGGCAUUUGGUGCUGUGUUUGCAGGCAUACACGAGAAAGAUGGAAGAGAGGUGGCCAUCAAACGUAUUGAGAAGAUACGUAUGCAGCGACCAGAAGAMAAACGAGAAAUAACAAAUCUCACUGCUCUUGCAGACUGCGAACAAGUUGUUCGUUAUUUGUUCUUCUUUGAAGACGAAAACUUUUCUUACAUUAUCUUGGAACUGAUGGAGGGAAAUCUUGACAAGUUCCUUAAUACUGCAACGAAAAUGGAAAUUAAAGUCUCGCUCUGCCAAGAUAUAGUUCAAGGACUGAAAUUCCUACACUAUCAAAGCAUCGUUCAUCGAGAUCUCAAGCCAAGCAACAUUCUUCAUAAAACUCAUCCCAAACUAUGCUUGAAAAUUGCCGACUUUGGUCUCAGCCGUCGUAUGGAUAACACUGGUUCUAGAACCUCGGUGUAUGGGUCUAAUGUUGGUACAAGAUGUUGGAUUGCUCCAGAAGUGCUAGCUUCUACAAAAAGUCAUUCUAAGUCAUCUGAUGUGUUUGCCUGUGGUCUCCUUCUUCAUUACAUUUUGUCAAUGAAAAAACAUCCGUUUGCCCCCCGAAUAGGUGCACUGCAACACGAGAUUGAAGUCAAUAUAUUGAAUGGCAACAUGGAAGGAUGGGAUGACUCUCUGUGCCCUGAAGUAGCUGAUCUCCUUAAAGCAAUGCUUGAUGGAGAUAAAAGCAAACGGCCAUCUGCAGAUAAAGCAUUGGAUCAUCUUUUUUUCUGGGCAAGGAAGAAAAAGCUUGAUCUGCUCGUAGCUGUUGGCAAUCAACCAGAAUUUGAAUAUCCUCGUGCUGGGAGAUCAGUUGUUAUGUCUGCUGUUGAGACUGAGUUGGAAGCACGGUUUGGUACCAUAGUGAAGCAUGUGAAAUGGAAUUACCCAGGUAAUGCACAUAUGCCUGAUAUUUACAAGGAAAUGCGUAAAAAGAGAAAGUAUGAUACUCACUCUGUCGUAGAGUUGGUGCGCCUUAUACGAAAUGCUUACGCACAUGUGACUGCAUUACCAAAGUCAAUUCAAGAUCAGUUGCUGAAACAGUUUGUGUUCUUGGAAUAUUUUCCAAAUCUUGUGAUGGAAGUCUACAAGGCUGUAACCACUCAUGGAUGGGAUCAGACGAGAGAAGAGAUUAAGUGUGCAUUAAAGUGAGCGUUCACAAGACAAGGUUAGCCAAUACACGGGAACAUUACACGGACAUAAUAAACAAGGUACUCAUGGGUGGGAUCAGACGAGAGAAGAGAAGCAGUACACAGUAAGCGUUCACAAGAUAAGAUAGUAGAAUAGAUGCUAUUUUCUGAUGUAUAUCCACAAAAUAUAUUAUAUAUCGAUUAUAUAUUAUAUAUAUAUUGUAUAUCGAUAGGACUUGAACACUGAUAAAGAGACGCACGUCUGGAAACGUAUGUUUUGUAGACAUAUUUUAAGCACUUAUAAAUCAUAUGUUUUAUAUAUACA